AUGCCGGACACCACCACCGACACCGGGGCAGGCGGGUACUCCCACUACUACACCUCCGUCGAGGUCGAGCAGGUCUUCGUCGACGCACCGGACACGCUCUCCUUCAUGAACAUCCUCCGCCCCAUGUGUCCCGACGUUAAGCCGGGCAGAGGCCCGCACGGGCCAGCCACGCGCAAGAUCGUCCCUCUCCCCGCACGCGCCAGGUCCUCGCAGUCCCAAAGCCCCGCUCCAACCCUCACCGCUGGAAGAACGCGAGAGCGAGAGCGUGUAGAGCAGGACGCGAGAGAGGGAGAGCCGGAUGACAGCAUGCGCAUCGACGACCCGCGCACGGAGGAGUACGACUGCUCGUGCGAGUCGCCCGUCACGCCCGGGCUCGUCAACGACGAAGACGACGAUUCAGACUGCGACUCCGUCUGCUUUGUGUACUCCGACUCUGACGAGGACGUCUCGGCCUUCAGCGGCAGCAGCAGCGCCAACAACCUUCGCCGUAGACAGCGGGCCAACAGCCGUGCCAGCGGGCCUGUCAAUCCGGAUCCUCGCCCAGCUGCUGCGGAGAGCGACAGCACCGUCCACCUCUUCCAGAGCAUCACCGCGACCCCCGGGCCCGGCUCGUGGAGCUUCGAGGAACUCCGCCACGAGUGCUACGCCCAGAGCCGUGUCGCGACCGGCGCAGGCCCGGCGGCGAUCACACCCGGUGCGCCCGCGUGGAUGGUCAUCCCGCCCGCGUUCGCCCCUCGCGCCGUCGGUGUCCGCGACGCGUCGUGCCUCAACCGAGACGCGGGUGCCUAA